AAAUAUAAUAAACUUGGCAGUUGUAUUUUAGAUUUGGGUUAACGCGAAGAGAGCGAACCGAUUAGUUGGUCGUGGUGUCGAAACGAAAAAAGAAAACAAAAAAAUGAAAUUUCUAAUUGUAACGCUCGUAAUUGUGGCAGCUGUUUUGGCGGGCAGUGAAGUUCGCGCCAAUGAAUUCGAAUGCUAUCAAUGCGUUGGCACCGAAUGUCAAAGCAGUGAGACGACCAAAUUGGUAAAUUGCUAUGACAACCCCGGCAACAAUGCGCCCGCCCCUGCAACGACCACAGCCCCUGAGACGAGAGCUGCUGAUGCGACCUAUGCCUGUUUUACAAUGCGUUAUGAGGAUGGCACUACCACAACCAAAUACCAAAAGGGUUGCAUCACCAAAGUGAAUGGCAUUGCCACCUGCGAUGGUGUCUCUCCACCUGGAGCCACAAAAUUGGACAGCUGUGUCACUUGUCAGGAACCCAAAUGUAACUCCGUUGCUGGUCUCGGUGUAUCGCUGCUGACAUUGGCAGCUGCCCUGUAUGUCCAGUAUUUUAUGUAAAUUUAGACUGAAUUGGAUGCAGUGAUGAUGACGAUGAUCGGUAGCAAAAAAUGGGAGUGUUUUGAGUUGAUAACUGAAAUAAUUGACCAAAUUGACAACUGAGUUCUCGUAACGUAAAUUUUAAAUGUUGUAAUGUUUUGUAAUAGUAAAUAAAUAAAUGUUUUAAUGAUUAACAUAAUUUUUAAAGUAAAAAAAUACAA